GAUGUCACCCACUACAUUAUUAGUUGGUUCAUAUACUAUAAAUGUGUGUUUUGUAGUCUUACAGAAUGCUCUAGUCUGGAUUUACUGUACAAAUCAUUUAUUUUUUUCCUUGAAGUGAAAUACAGAUCAGUCUUCACUCUUUGGUUGAACUGCUCAGAACUGAACCAGCAGCAAGUCGGCUGGGAGAAAUUCACAUAAACAAAGAAACUAUCGGUUUUUUUUCAAAAUUAGUGAUUUUCGUUUUUUUUUUUUUUUUUGCAGAAUGUGCAAGUUGAGAUCACGAAGAAGCCACUCCAUGUUUCAGAUAACAGUAUUGGUUGCCUUAAAAGUAUACAUUUUGUGUUUUGCAAAAAGAGACAUGCGAAUAAUUGGACAUCUCGAGGCAAACAGACGCACAGUUGUUACUUCGGAGAUGACUACAUCCACCAAAAAGCCCCAGACGAAGAGAAAGCGCCCCCGGACCACUUAUUCCAUCGGAGGCAAUGAAGUCUGCAGGAAUACUUUUCAGUUUCUUAUGGGAAUUGGCAAAGACACCCUGACUGAUAUAAUCAAACACUUUGAGGAGAAUGGGGCAAGACCACGGUUAAGGAAGAAAGAAAAGAAGAAGAAGAACUAUGCAGAAGACAAUGCCAUCAUGCUGCCUGGCCGACAUCCUGAGCAUAGGGAUUGGCAUGUGAAGUUGUUGCCAACCCUUGUGUCUAAGGCCUCAGUUUGGCGUCUCUACGUCAAGUCUGCGAAGGAGCUUGAUGAGCGUGCAGUUUCUAAAUCACGCUUCACAGCACAGUGGAACCAGCUUCUCCCACUCAUCAGAAGUUGCAGGCCACGUACAGAUCUCUGCUGGCAGUGCCAAAACAAUAACCAACAGCUGGUACGAAGUGCAAACCUCCCAGAUGAUAGAAAGUCUGAAGCGGUCAAGAAGCAACACGAUCAUCUUGCCCUUGUGCAAAAAGAGAGGGCUGUGUACAACGAGAUGACUGCUGCCUGCAGAAAGACAUGUGCUGACUCUAAGUUGUCUUUGGGACCCUCCCCAUCAGCAAGCAAGAAGAUCAGGAUGCAUUACAGUUUUGAUUUUGCACAGCAGAUACACUUUCCCUCAAACCCUCUUCAGUCCGGGCCAAUGUUCUUCCUGACUCCACGUAAAUGUGGCCUUUUUGGUGUCUCCUGUGAAGGGCUGCAAAAACAGGUGAAUUUCCUGAUUGAUGAAGGCAUGUCGUCAAGUAAGGGGAGCAAUGAAGUCAUCAGCUACAUGCAUCAUUUCUUCAGCAACUUCGGAGUUGGAGAAACAGACGUGGAUCUUCACUGUGACAACUGCAGUGGGCAAAACAAAAACAACUUCAUGCUCUGGUACGCUGCAUGGCGGGUUGGACACAAGCUUCGUGACACAAUUGACAUCCACUUCCUUAUUGCUGGCCACACCAAAUUACCCCCUGACUGUGGCUUUGGACUAAUCAAGCAAGCAUACAUGAAGACCAGAGUCAACACUUUGGCAGACAUCGCUGAGGUAGUGGAAAACAGCUCUCCUGAGAGUCACCUCAAUAUCCCACAGCUUGUUGGAAAUGCAGAUGGAAGAGUGUUAGUCGAGACCUUCGACUGGCAGAAGCAUCUGAGUCCCAAGUUCCGAAAGCUCCCACAGAUCAAGAGUUAUCAGCACUUCCGCUUUGAUGCUAAGAGACCAGGUGUGGUGCUUGCAAGAACUCACUGUGAUGCACAACCUGUUGAAUUCCAGCUACUGUGCGAUUCAGCGGUUGUUGACUGUUGGCUGUUGACAGUCUUCCUGUCCUAGCACCACCUGGACUGAACAUUGACAGGCAGACCUAUCUUUAUGAAAAAAUCAGGCCUUUCUGUGCUGACGAGGCAAGAGACAUCACAUGCCCGGCGCCAAGGGUCACAGCACAGAAGAGUCCACAGAAGAGUAUGCAGAAGAGGAUGCGGAUGUGAUAUCACCAAAUAAUUGGACUCUCCUUCACACCCUCUCCACAAUGUGCUGAUCAGCCACAGGAGCUCAUUCAGCAACAGACUGAUCCAUCUACACUGCACUUCUAGAUUUCAAUUUCAAUUUAAUUUCACUUAUAGAGCAC